CUCCUUUGCAGGCAGCUUGUGAAUUGCAACUUGCAAAGCAACAAUGAUUACAAUUCGUUCGAUUUGGAUGUUUUGGUUGCUGGCCACCAGUGGUUUUGUGCUGGUGUUCAGUGCCACUAAGCGAGCCCCGACAGCUAUUAUAACUGAUAUCCUGUCCGUCGACGAACCAGCGCCCGAGCCCAACCAUCAUCUUGCCACUCGUCUGUUACGCUAUUUCAUCUUCGGUGGCAUCAUUCAAGCAAUCUCAGCCGAAACACGAAUCCCCCGACGCAGGCUGGUGUUCGGAGGCCGUAGUAUGUUUCAGGAUAAGCAUAGCCAAGCCGGCCCUAGUACACACGCCGCUCAUGUUGUUCGCGUGUGCGCCAUUAAUGCUGGCCUAACGGGUGCAAACCCUAACCUUACCAUUGCGUUGCAGAACUAUAUCGGCCACACACAAGAUGUGCCACGCAUUUAUAAUUAUUUUGCCGGCGUUGGCGGUGCAAUUGAUCUGUUUCAAUCGAGCAGCCUGAAGGAGCUGUCAAAGAUUGAUUUUACAGGGUUCUACAAUGGCACUAAUAAGGAUACCGUGAUCAAGCUUAGCAAUGCCUUUCGAGGUAUCGUAGAAAAAUACGCGAGAAAGGAGAAUCAGGCCACCGUUGUUAUUGAUGUGGCGAAAGCAACAGCGUAUUGUACAGAUCCUUCAUUGCUGUUUGCCAGAGGUACGGAAGGGCAUAGGAUGGUGAAGGAUGGAACGUUUUUAAGGAAUUAUUUUACACCCAACAGCACGGCAGUAGUAAUUGAUCCGAAAGAAUGUCAUAAAGGCCAGACUCAAACGAAUGUUGCAGGUUCGAAACGAUCACGCGCUUAAGUGGCAGAACAUUGAAUUGAUUCGACGCGAUA